AUGCAUGCAUAUCUGAAAUUCAGGAUAACUUGUACCGGUACCGGCAACAAGUUUAAGUUACUAAAAUGUUUAAUUACACUCUGCAUAUUACUCGUUGGAACUUUCGCACAGAUCCAACAUAGAGCAGUAUUACAAAAUGAUGCCUACGAACAAACGCUUUCAAAUGAUUUCAAAAAUCCAUUUUAUAGAACAGCAAGAAUAAAUGCUGCUCUUAAAGAAUCAAGUUGGCUAGGACCUGGAGAAGAAUUGGUUUACGAAAGACAAGCUGAAAAAAUUCCACGUUCUCAAAUUUAUUCGGUCCUAUCACACGCUGGAUUAAUUCCUCGCAGAAGAUUACAAAAGAGAAGUUUACGAUAUCAACAAUUGUUCGAAAAUUUUUAGUUUUAAAUUGUUAAAGUAUUAUAAAUGCGCAUCGAUUGCGUCGGUUCAAAGGUAAAACAGGCUAAAUAAGCAAAGUAAUCUUUUUUUCACAAUUAGAUUCAAGCAUUUUAAAAAUUAAAAGACUCAUUUCUACGAUGUUGAGGGACAUAUCAGUCAAUACCUGCACAAAUAUCUUUAGUAAAAACUCAACUACUGAAUUAAAAAAAAAAUGAUUAAAUAGAGUUAACCAUUAAAUCUAAAAGACCAAAUCUUGAAACAAAGCAUUGAAAUUAGAAAUUCAGAAUGACUAGAAUCUUGAAAACGAAAAGAUCGAUCAAUGUUAACGAUGUUUCAAUAUCCUGAAGAUGGAGAAUUUUUUAAAAUACAAUACCCUAGAGCACUUUCAACCAAUUAAUUGUAUAGAGUUUAAUUGACUCCUCCAAUCUUCACGCCAUCUGAAAGAGGGAAUCUUUCAACAAUUUGAUAAAGGGCAUCUCAAUAUUUUCGGGCCAAAAUAUUAAGAGUGAAAAUGUCUAUACGUUAUAAGAAAACAAAUUAUUUUUUCGGUUUAAGCCCAAUUUUGUUUUGUACGAGUUAUGUUUCGACUUCUCUCAGAAUUAAACUCCCUUUUUCAAGUGCCGUCCUGCUUAAGGAACAUUCGCUAGGCAGGUGCUAA